AUGAUGAGGCUUUUAAACCUCUAUAGACUCUGCAGUCCCUGUUUUAGUAGGCCCAAAACGCCUUGUAUUAUUAACAAUUUCAGUUCACGGUUCCUUCACCUUUCUUCUAAAAAUUUAGCACUAACUACAUUUAAGCUUUCAGAUAUCGGUGAAGGAAUAAAUGAAGUCCAGUUGGUGAAAUGGGAAAAGAGUGUAGGUGAUGAAGUUGAGGAGAUGGAAUCAGUCUGUACUGUGCAAAGCGACAAAGCUGCCGUUGAAAUAACCAGCAGAUACACAGGAAUAGUCAAGAAGCUGUACGUUAAUGAGGGUGAUACUGUUAAAAUCGGCUCUCCACUCAUGGAUAUUGAUACCGUCGAUGAGGUACCAGAUGAUACUCCUAAUAAUAAUAGUAGCAGUAAUCUCAACGACCCAAAGAGACAUUAUUCAACAAUUCCAGAAUCUAAGUUUUUUUUGAAUUCACUUGGAACUGCAAAGAAAUCAUUUAGCACCAGUUCAACCACCCAAGAUGAUGUUGAAGAGGUUAAGGUGGAUUUUAUUGGGGAAGCCAUGGUGAAGUCAAUGGUCGCAUCACUCGAGGUACCUCACGUCACAGUGGGCGAGGAGUGUGACGUAACCUCCCUGAUCCAAUUGUACAAAUCUUAUCGUAAUGUACCAGCAGAGGGCUCUGAUCAAGAAUCUCAGCCCAAAAUUACAAUCACUCCGUUCAUUAUCAAGUCAAUUUCACUAGCUCUUGAGAAAGUGCCCAUCAUUAACUCGAAGUUUAACACUGCAAACGCGGGUAAAGGUCCAAGUUCAUACUUCCUGUACAAGAACCACAACAUCAGUGUCGCUAUUAAUACCAAAAACGGAUUAAUGGUUCCGAAUAUUAAAAACGUAAACAAGCUAACAAUUCGAGAAAUCCAGCGUGAGUUAUCUUCUUUACAACAGAAGGCAAACAGUAAGACUCUUAAUUUCAACGACAUUAAGGGCGGCACUUGUGCUUUAAGUAACCUUGGUUCUUUGGGCGGUACUUUUGUAAAAGCAAGGCUUUUUGACGGCCAGGCCGCCAUCAUUGCUUUUGGCAGAUCAAUUCAAAGGGUUGUUCCUGUGCCUAAAACCUUAAAGACUGUCAGUACAAACUUGGACGACUACACUCUAGAGUGCAGGUCGAUUUGUAACAUUGGCGUAACUGCGGAUCACAGACACAUUGACGGAGCCAUUAUCACCAGUUUCAUUUCUCACCUGAAACACUUUCUUGAAAACGCAGAUUCACUUAGACAGUACUAUUAA